GGAAAUUACCUCUCACCCUGGGAGAGAAUGCUGGCAAAGCAUUUCUACCCCAUGGAAAGCACUUUGCAGACUCAAACUUGGAGAGAGCAUUCAGUUCAGCAAUUUGGAUGUAAUGCAUAACUUGAACCUAAAGUACACUGACAAAACAGUAACUAUAGAUAAGGAUAUCUGGUUUUUCAGUGAGGAGCUUGAAAUCUGCUAAAAAGUCCCAAAGAAAGUGUUCUCCAGAGUCCAGGCACGAGCAGAUCUUCACCAGCUCCCUGAAAGCCACAAACAUCGUUCUGGGCAAGAAUGGAGACUUUGCAGGCUACGUUUGUUUUGUUUGUGUUUGUUCCUUUGGUAAAUGCAGCACCACCUCUACAGCAAGAAUCACUCUAUGAGUAUGAUACAGAUGUUUCCAUGGGAAGCCUGACCCAACAAGACUAUGAAAUGCAAUCCAAGGAUAUAAGAAAGGCUGGAACAAAUGUUUCUCUUGACACCUCCCUAAUGCUACAAAGCGAUGACAGCCAACUUGAUGUCCCACCAACAAAGGACACAAACCUGCCCACGUGCUUGCUGUGCGUGUGCCUGAGCGGCUCCGUGUACUGCGAGGAGAUCGACAUCGAGGCCGUGCCGCCCCUGCCCAAGGAAACCGCCUACCUGUACGCCCGCUUCAACAAGAUCAAACGCAUCGCGGCCUCAGACUUCGCCGACAUCACUACCUUGAGAAGAAUUGAUUUUAGUGGAAAUAGGAUAGAAGAAAUAGAAGAUGGAGCCUUUUCAAAGCUUCUGCUGUUGGAAGAACUUUCUCUUGCUGAAAAUCGACUUGUCAAACUUCCUGUUCUACCUCCCAAACUAACAUCACUUAAUGCAAACCAAAACAGAAUCAAGAGCAGAGGAAUCAAAGCAAAUGCUUUCAAGAAGCUCACAAAUUUGGCCUACCUCUACUUAGGACACAACGCACUGGAAUCUGUGCCCCUGAACUUACCGGAGAGCCUGCGCAUUCUUCACCUUCAGUACAACAACAUCACGAGCAUCACGGAUGACACGUUCUGCAAGUCCAACAACACGCGCUACAUCCGCACGCGCAUGGACGAGAUCCGCAUGGAGGGCAACCCCAUCGUGCUGGCCAAGCACGUCAACGCCUUCUCCUGCCUGAGGAUGCUGCCCGUGGGCACCUACUACUGACCCUGCUGGGGCCAGCCAGGCACCUAACAAGGAUCUUCUUCCUCUGUUUACAAGCUCAUAUCCUCUCCCUUACUCGUGCUCUUUUCCUGCGAUGUUGCACCGUUCUCUGAAAUAACCAGCUCAGUUACUUCAGUCAUUAUGGUGUCCCUCGUGCUUUCAGAAUCUUUUCUGUUAUUCAAAGUGUAAAAAUAUAUAUACAUGCACACACAUUAUCUCAACUUUUAUUUCACCACAUACUCUUUAGAUAAAAUCACACAAAACUGCUUAUUCUCAUUCUUUACCAGCACUCAGAACAACCACCACACUUUACUUGCAGAUAAAUGCAAGAUUUUCUUUGAGCAAACCAAGAGGAAAAAUAUUUCUGAAUUCUAAUCCCACUCUUUUAAUCUGGAGUGAAAUCUUUUCAGCUGACCUUCAAAAGUGUAUUGGAUGAAGAUGCAGAUGAGAGAAAGUUAUGUUUAGAAACAGAACUUCUCAAAGCUUAAAUUCAUUAACAUUUUUUAAAAACUCGAUUUGUGGUAAAUGAGAAUAACUCCUAUUUAGGUUUAGUACACCAAGGAACAUAGCAACUAGAACUUUGCAAAGAUGUUUUAGAUUUCCUUCUACUAUUCUGCUUUGAAAAUAACAUGUGUUUUAUUUUUACACAAUGUAUUUUUAAGUGAAAUAUAUAUGUUUUGCUGAGCUGUUCUUGCAACAUCAGCUUCCUAUUUUAAAAGGACAGUCUACAUACAGAAUAACAGACUCAAAUACCUUUUUUAUUAACUAAUGAUGUCGACCAAGCCUUGGUUCCACAGCUCCUCCUGACAGGAAAUGUGACACUAUAGUUAAAAGCAAAGCUGAAUUCAUGUGUUUACCUGUAAAUAAGUAUGAUUUCAUCUAGAUGUCAGAACAAAGAAAGAUUUACCCUUCUGCAACAAUACUUCUGAUCAUUAGGGAAAAAUCAAAUCAGACUUGGAAGCUACAAAGAAAAGUUGAUUCCAUCAUUAACCUGAAAUCAGAGGUAACUUCAACCAUUUCACUCAAUGCCUUGAACAUAUGCAGUGUAAUAAAAACACAAAUUGACUUUGCAGGCCUUGACACUCAGUUCAUCACUGAUAAAGGGCACAAUGUUUUCAAUUCCUCAAGUGAACAUUUCUGACAUCCAGUUUCUCCCUUCCAAUACCUAGCACAGGUGGAAAGCCUCCAGACAAAUUAAAGCCAAAGGUGUGCUAGUUAUUAUUACCACAUCCACUUUGUACUACUUUUGAAGCUAGUAUAGAUUCCUAAUUAGUAGAAAUAGUUAAGCAUCAAAUGCAUGAUGAUGUAUCACUACAUCUAAAACAUUGAUUUUACAAAAUAUUUGGUAUUAGUUUUAUUUAUCUUAUUUAGCUAAGCCUUGAUUUGUUAGUGCUUGUGCUAUGGGGAAUUGAUGGCACUUAAUUCUGAACAGAUAUUUUUGCCCUGAACCCGUUUCCCAAGAAAAACAGCAACCCCCAAUAUUUUCCAUUUUAAGUUAUUUAGUGUAACAAGAAGGAAAUUCCAUUGUCUUAAUUGAGAACAAAACCAAGUCCGGCAGCAACACUUGGUUUUCAUUUUUCCACAUAAAUCAUAGAACUUUGAUGUUCCCAGGUCUUUAUCAAAACAUGAAAAACAACUUCAAAGCAUAUAAAAAUACAUUCCAAUGUCAAGCCAAAUCUCUAUUUGGAAAAAAAUAAACCCAUCCAUUCUGUCCCAUCUCUUGUGAUAAAUGCCUAAGAUGGAAAAAACACAGCUGUAAGUGUAAUAAUGUUACAUAAGCAGCAGCCCCUGAUCUUAUUCUCAUCACAAAUCAUUGCCACUAAAACUCUUUUCAGUAAAUCACCAAAAUAAAUAAAUACCAGUAAAUAUCACCAAAAAUGUGUAUACACAAAUAAAUGCAUGUUUUUGUAAUAUAUACACACACAUGUAAACAUUCCAAGACCUCCCUACUACCACACAAUUAAUUUCACAUUAAAAUGUUGUAUAUAUUUCUGAAACAUACUAAUUAUCAUCAGUAACACUGAUUAAUGCUCUAAACACUUUGUGAGCAAAGCAAAGCAGCCAAGUGGUAACUCCUGAAUGCCUCAUGCAGGCACCAAGUUCUCUGAUGUGUUUUACUUGAUUUUCCCCAUUCACAGCAAGUUCAUCAAAGCAUGAAGUGAGAAAGGCUUCAGCAGGGAGGAUUUCCACCUCCUAUUUCUGUACUAAUCUCAAGCUGAAUGUAAACCAUUUUAUUUUUUUCCUAUCACUCAUUUCUGUUCUGAAAUUCCAAUAAAACUUGAAUUUUUGUUCUUGUUU